AUUCGAGAAACCAUCGGGUCCGGGCAGCCAGACAGGCUGUAACCCCACACGGUGGACCUGCCUUGCACAGCGGGCAGACCCCACAGGAGCUCCUUCAGAUCUUCAAUGAAACGCAGAGGAACAUGAUGGAUCUGAACGAGAAGCGACUGGCUGCCCUGGCAGAAGUCAAAGCGCUGCGAGCUCGAGUUGCCAAGCUUGACGCAAAAGUAGCAGCACUGGAGAAGGAUGCAAAUGGUGGCAGAGCAGCAUCUUUUGAUGCGCCGAUUCAAGCCCUGCAUGAUGAGCCCGGUAUCUACAUACCACAGGCAGCUGCAGCGCAGCAGGGACCAUCCAUCACGAUCACAUACCAGACAGGAUGGAACCGCGCAUUCCUCCAUUACAAUGUCGAUGGGAGAGGAUGGACCCAAGUGCCAGGAGAGGAGAUGGAGUGGGGGAAUGGUGAUCUGGCCGGGAACCGAGUGAAGACAGUUUCCGGCAGACGGGUAGAAUUUGUGAUCAACAACACUGAGGGGGGCUGGGACACACCAGACCCCAGCACUGGCAGCAAGAACUACGUGAUUGAUGCGCCCGGCAGAUAUCAUCUGAAGAGCGGAAGAAUCGUGCAAUUUGCGUGAUUAACCCAUCUUUCAACUGUAGCCUUUAAUCCAGAUGUAGCCUCGACAGCUGUUCCUCCUCUAUAUAUCCAAUGUUAUUGCUCCUUCAAUGUUGGGUAGAACUGCAAGACUUGAGGAACUUUAAUACUUGGCAUUGCUACUUACAGACCAUGGCAGGGACCCACUGCUUUCUUUAAUAAGCUCUGAACAUCACUUGAUAAUAAUGUCGACGCUCUAUUGAUUUUGACUGUAAAGUAGCCAUAGAUGUAAGGUCUUCAAUCUAGAUACAUUACAGUAAAAAAGGUAAAAUUGCUUUGUCAAAUUUAUCAAAGUUAAAUUGACACUUUCAUCAUGAUGAUACAACAUGUACAUACCGAUAAUUGCUGCUUUCAUGUCAGCAUAUCAUUUUCUCUAAUUAUGAUGAGAGCAUCCACAAGAACUGUUACUGUUCCACACACCAUGCCCAGGCCAAACGCGUGGUAUUUCAUGGGCCAACAACAUCUAAUGACACAAAUCUUCACCGCCUGGCAGCCAUGGCAGCCGCGACUGGGUUUGGGUUCAGCUGCAGCGCAAGGCGAGCCACUUCAGAAACGCCACCCAGGAGGCCGCCGGCAACUCUACGCAAGCCCAUGAGCAAAUUGCGGCGCUCUGCCAUGACAGCAUAGAGCACCACAGCGCCGCCUGCCGCCACUGCCGCCAGCUGAGGCUGUGUCAGCCCUGCAAAGCCCUCUUCCUGCGACCACCAUCUUGAGAGGCUGCCGCUUACAUCGCCGUACCAGGGGCCCCGAUCAGGACCCUCAUCCGCACCACUAGAGGCAGCCACAUUCCCACUGCUACUUGCAUUCCCAGCAGACCCCGAC